UUUCAGUUGAGAGGUGGCAGCAUCUUUUUUUUAGUUGGAAACAACAAAACAACUCCGUUCACGCUAACAGACUCCAACCUUUCAUCCAAAGUUUUCAGGUCAAGGUACGCAUUGUUGCAUGGUCACGGAUUAUCCAGGGGUAAAGAUGAGCAACCGUUACUAUGAGUACAGAAAACCUGUUCAAGGUAAUGCUAGGAAACUGAAGGAGUUACUUUCUAAAAGAGAGAAUUGCGUCUGCGCAGAUUGUGGUGCUCCAGAUCCCAAAUGGGCGUCGGCUAAUAUUGGGGUCUUUUUAUGCCUAAAAUGUUCUGUUGUUCAUACAAGUCUUGGUACACACAUCUCCAAGGUUAUGUCUGUGACAUUGGAUGAAUGGUCCGAUGAAGAAAUUGACGCUAUGAUUGAAGUUGGGGGUAAUGCGUCUGCCAAUUCAAUAUAUGAGGCUUAUCUUCCUAAAGGAAUCUCAAAGCCUAAACCAGACUCAAGUAAUGAGGAGAGGACCAAUUUUAUCAGGUCCAAGUAUGAGUUGCAAGAAUUUUUGAAACCAAGUUUGCGAAUGAUCUCUUCAAAGAGCUCCUUCAGAUGUUCUGAUUCUGGAAAGAACAUGGACAAAUUUUUUGGUUCAGACAGUUUUAAGAGAACAGAAAGUAUUGGGGAGUUCAUUGGAACUUUGAAGGUUAAAGUAGUAAGAGGCAUUAAUUUAGCUAUCAGAGAUUUUAGAUCAAGUGAUCCUUAUGUCAUUUUGUUUCUUGGAGAGCAGAAAGUCCACACAAAAGUAAUCAAGAGUAAUUUGAACCCAGUUUGGAAUGAGGAGCUUAAGCUGUCGGUUGCUCGGCGUUGUGGGGCCCUGAAACUGCAAGUGUAUGAUCAUGAUUUGUUCUCCGCCGACGACAUAAUGGGUGAAGCCGAGGUCAAUCUCCAGUUGCUGGUCACGGCUGCCACAGAACUCGGGGACCUAGGGGCCCUUCCAGAUAUGCAGUUUGGAAAAUGGUCGAAAUCAAGGGAAAAUGCGCUUUUAAAAGACAGUACCAUCAAUGUAGUUGGUGGAAAACUGAAGCAAGAAGUGCACCUGCAACUACAGAAUGUGGAGAGUGGAGAGCUAGAACUAGAAUUAGAAUGGAUUCCUCUAGAACAGUAAUUAUUUUUUUAAAUUUUUUUUUUACCUGUAAUUAAUUAAUCAAGCUACUUUGACUACAACAUUUGUUCAGUCCUGUAUAGAUGGAAAUUAUCUCAUUUAUGUAGGAAUCGUGCUUCA